GUAGAGAAAAUAAUGCACCAGUGAACGCAGAAUCCACCAACUCUCCAGCAUCCUCGUCUCGUACUUGGAACACAUGAAAACGCGAUCCCAUUUGUAUUCACUUUUUAACUGUGUUUGCUACUUUGCUUUCUUGAACACCCCUCACUCAGUGAGAGUACCCAGAUAUUGUUGAAGGGGAAUAAUGGCUGCUCAGGAGCCGUCUCCACCAUCUUCCCUGGAAGGAAACAAACCAGGCUUCCCAAAGACAAUUUUGGCCAACAACCUGGAGGACAAACAUUUAUGUAAUUCUUGUCUGAAAAUUCUACGAAGGCCCUUACAGGCGCAAUGUGGCCACCGCUUUUGUUCGUACUGUUUCAACAAAAUAGUGAGCUCUGGACCCGAGAAAUGCAACGCUUGCAUCAAAGAAGACUUGUUUGAGGAACCCACCUCGAUUCUCAAACAAGGAGGCGCUUUUCCAGACAAUGCAGCUCGGAGAGAAGUGGAGGCCUUGGAAGCCAUUUGCCCCAAUGAAGGAUGUACAUGGACAGGGAGUAUUAAAGAUUUUGAGGCUACCCAUGAGGUCCACUGUGAUUUUACCAUCAUCUUGUGCCCUUCCUGCAAAGAGUUGAUGAGAGCUAAUGAACAGGAACGCCACGAUGAGCGAGAAUGUCCAGAGAGGACACUCAACUGCAAAUACUGUAAAGAAGCAUUCCUUUUAAAGAACAUCAAGACAUCGCAGCUGCGCUUCAGCGCUAAAAGUGAGUCUCGUGCAAGCCCAAGAUUUGUGCCACCAAUGCACCAUGUCGAUGCAGCAAGUGUGUGCCCUUGUAGAUGCACGAGAUGGAGGGCCCAUGAUGAAAUUUGCCCGAAGUAUCCAAUGAUCUGUGAAGGUUGUGCAAAGAAAAAGAUACCCAGAGAAAAGUAUGUGGACCAUAUUAAGUUCUGCAGUAAAUUUAAAGCACCAUGCAGAUUUCAUGUUGUUGGCUGCGAUACGUCUGUGGAAAAGGAGAAGAUCCAUGACCAUGAGCAUCAGUGUUCUUAUGAACACCUCAACCUGCUUCUGCAUUUUAUAAUGGGCAUCAAGGUGAGUCUGGAGAGCCUGCAGCCUCAGACGCUGGAGGUGGCCAGCCACAAGGUGGCUGAGCUCCACCAGUCCCUCAGAGACUUAGAACUCAAGAUGAGUCAGCUUGGUAGAGGUGGUGCUGCAGCUUCUGUGCAGGGUGCAUGUGUACCGACCCUCAACUCCUCCUUCACACCACUACCCAGUGCUGUGGGUGCUGCCUUGGAGCUGCAGCUCCAAAAUGAAAAGACCAAGGUAGUCGAGCUAAGCAGACGGUGCCAAGAGCUGGAGCUUAAAGUGAGUACCUUCGAGAACAUUAUUUGCGUCCUCAACCGAGAGAUGGAGCGCUCCUGCACAACCAUGGAAGCCUACAACCGGCAACAUAGACUGGACCAGGACAAAAUUGAGAUCCUCAAUAACAAGGUUCGACAGCUGGAGAGAACAGUGAGUCUGCGGGACUUGUCCAUCGUUGAGAUGGAGGGCAAGAUGAGGGAGAUGUCAGCAGCCGCUUAUGAUGGGAUUUUUGUGUGGAAGAUCUCAGAUUUUACAAAGAAGAGGCAGGAUGCUGUUGCUGGCCGAGCCCCUGCUAUGUUCUCUCCUGCCUUUUAUACGAGUAAAUAUGGCUACAAAAUGUGCUUGCGAAUCUACCUAAAUGGAGAUGGGACAGGAAGGGCCACCCACUUAUCUCUGUUCUUUGUGGUGAUGAGGGGACACAGCGACGCCCUACUUAAGUGGCCUUUUAAUCAGAAGGUCACCCUAAUGCUGCUGGACCAGAACAGCAGGGAGCACAUCAUUGAUGCUUUCCGGCCCGACAUCUCGUCCUCUUCCUUCCAGAGGCCCGUCAGUGAUAUGAACAUUGCCAGUGGCUGUCCGCUCUUCUGUCCACUCUCCAAGUUGGACUCUAAAAACUCUUACAUUCGGGAUGACACCAUCUUCCUCAAGGCCAUUGUAGACCUCACUGGGCUCUAGGUUGAAAUAAGGCAACUUUUUUUUUUUGUCAUUGGCAAUAUGCAAGAGUUGUAAACUAAUUGUCACUAUUUCUCAUUGUUUACCAACAUAAAACAACAUUUUUAAAAAUAUGAACAAAAAUAUUUAUUCAUCAUCAAAAACAAAUUGCUGAGUGCACCAGUAUGUAACUGGUGACAAGAAUUUUUGUAUUUUUCAUUUGACCAACACAGAUUAGAUAGUAUAGAUACUCUUACAUUGCGAUGAAAUUGUUCCUGCUUCUUCUAACAGAGAUGAAACUCGUGUUUGUAAGAUUCAGGAAAUAUGAGACCAAGAUUUAAUGUCCCUCAUUUUAGCAUCUUCUAUAAAUUUUAGUUUUCCUCUCAGGGUGUACAUGAUUCUCUAACAUAGUGUGCAAAUGAAUUUUAAUUUUAAUGGGAAGACAAAACAGGUACUGACAAAUUUGUAUCCUCACAUUCUCAAAAGAACUUGAUUAUAGCUGCAUUUACUUGCUUUAAUUUAUAUUUGGAAGCAGUAUGAUGAUUCCAUUUAGUUACACUUGAGUGCACUGAUCAACAGUUUGUGGUUGUGUGCAUUACUUGAAUUCCAUGAAUUCUUUGUCCAAUAUUUUAGUCAUGGUUAUUGUGCAGGUGAGUAUAUUUGAAUGUAUGAGCAUGUCCUUUUUUACUCUUGGAUUUUGUAACAGUAGUCAAAUGAACUGCCAAAUUCUCCCUAGAUUAAAUGUUUUUGACAGUACCUAUGGCCAUAUUUCACCAUUUUUGUACUUCAGUUUAACAAUUACUGUUUUACUAACAUAUUAGUGUAACAAAUGUACCAACUAACAUUAUUAUAGUCUGAGAUUAUUGUGUAUUGAAAAUUUAUAUACUGUAGGUAUUAGGGUAAAUUAAGACUUCCAGUUAUGCCCAUUAUUAUAUUUUACAUGCACUAAAAGACUAUUUCAGUGUUUCAUUGUGAUAGCUCCUUUAUAAGGAGGAACUCAAUGAUUGAUUUGAGAGAAGUACUAUAUAUGUGUCAUCAUAAAACAUUGCUAUGUAUUGUACAUGUAAAAGAACGAUAACCAAAAAGUUGGUGACCCUUUGUCUUUUUAAUAAAUUCAUUUACAUGAAACAAAAACAAAAAAUAAUUUGGAGUUGGCAUGCCUCUCAUCUGAAAGUCAGGUAGGAUAGGCGCUUAAUCACACACGACUGAACGGGAUCAGCUGUCUCAGACAAAUGAAUAAUCACUGAAAGCCCUUGACUGUCUGUGAUGAUUGUAUUAAAUGAUUUGACUGUACCAUUAAGCUUAAAAAUAUCUGUGUGUACACUUAUUUAAAUGUACCGUAUUUUCCGCACUAUAAGGCGCAGCUAAAAGUCUUGAAUUUUCUCAAAAGCCGACGGUGCGCCUUAUAUACAUUAUGGAUCAAUAUUGAGCCUUUAGUUCAGCUCCAUCUAAUGGAUGCAUAACGUAACCCCAGCCUCUACUGUCGCGUCCAUAUAACCUUAUAACGCGGUGCGCCUUAUAUAUGAAUAAACUUUUAAAAUAGGCAAUUCAUUUAAGGUGUGCCUUAUAAUACAGUGCGCCUUAUGGUGCGGAAAAUACGGUAUACGUGUCCUGCAAUCACAUGUAUUCUGUGGCCAAAAACACUACACAUCCCCAGCAAAAAUCAGUUUGGACCCAGUUCAAUUUGUCUUGUACCUUUCUGCACGUUAUUUUGAUCGGUGUGUAGAUUGCGGUAUUAAAAGGAGUUUUUCGUAAAGGAGUUUCCUUGUCAUUUUAAAGACUGGUUGCAGCAUUAUUGAUAUCUGAAAGCUAUCAGAUAUGAAGUAUUUUUUCUCCCCAUUAAUUCAACAUUGUUCUUCAUAAUCAUCGGGUGAGACCUCUCUAGUUGCAGGUCAGGCCUUGUUAUAAAUAUUCGACAUUCAUGAUUAAUUUUUUAAAAAAUUCAUAAAAUAUGUACUGCGAUUGGCUGGUGACCCAUACCCUCACUGCUUGCCUGAACUCAGCAGGGGAUAGGUUCCUGCUCACCUGUGGCCCUCAUGAGGAUAUGCAAUAUAUAAAAUGGAUGUUUAAAUGAAAAUAUGUACUAAAUCUGAUGUUUACUGAGAAGCAAUCGCUGAAAAAUUCUGAAUUUGUGUCAAAAAUAAUUACAGUACAUUAUAUGCACAUAUAUGUUAUACCCACUUGUUUUGUUUGUGGUUGUAUUUGUGAUGUAACCAGACCUUUUUCAGUCCAACCCUCAUUCUUGUCAUAAUUAACUAUAUGGGUCUAUAUUUAUAUAUAACUAGUGAAUCUGUAACAUUAUUUUUAAGGUCAGAACAUUUUUUGAAGACACUUUCUUAGUUUUAUACUUCCAAAUGUGUGUACGUUUGCUUCUGCUUCAUGCACAAAUGUGGAGGCUUGAGGAGGGAGAGCUGAUACUAUUUCUGCAGCUUUUUGACAUCAUCUACUAUUUGCAUAAAAAGUGCCUGUAAUUAUUUUUUUUUGUUCCAUGAAGUCACUGAAUUCUGAAUGUGUUUUACAUAACAAAGCAGUUCUAAACUUUGUGGGAUUUUUUUCAAUUAUUUGUUUUAUGCUUUCAUUUGCUGAAUUUUCAGUGACAUUGUUUUUUUUUUUUAAAUUAGAAUCUUGAAACCUGAAUGUAAUGAAAUUAAAGUGAGAAUUGUCA